AGAGGAAGGUAAUAUCAAUAUGUAUCAUAUCAAUGGAUCUGUCAUCAUCUGACUAUUUGCUGAGUCCAGGGGCACAUUUCACCAGGUCCUUUAGCUGAGUCCCUUAGCUGCUCUCUUAGCUGCUCGCAAGAACCGCUGGAUGCUCGGAGAAUUUCUUCUGGAUCAGACCUUUAUCCCACCCGGCUUGGCCUUGCUUCCUUGCAGCUUCCCUGCAGCGUCACGCACGCGUGCGUCACGCACGCGCCAUGGUGGUGCAGCAGGUGGCACAAGGUCGGUGGCAGGUGACUGGGCAGGGCCGCAGAGGCACACCACAAGGCUCUUCAUCCAGGCCGUGGCGGCCCUGGCGUAAGGGCCUCCAGCAGCUCUAUGAGGGUCGGGCGUCGAGGGCGGCGCCGGACUCCGUGGGGCUCUGCAUCACCAACAGUGCAUGUGAGAAGGCUGGGCAGUGGCGAAAGGCCAUGUUCGCACUUCGAGACGCUGGAGAUUCUCAGGUCUCCCCCGACGAGUUUUCCUGGAGCCCCGUUUUGCGGGGCUGUAGCAGUUGGCCGCAGGCUUGCGCUUUACUGAUGGCGUUGCCCCAAGAGCGCCUGAACUUUGGCGGGGUUUGCGCCAGUUCGGCCAUCUCCACCCAAUUUUUUCCCUGGCACUUGGCCCAGUCUUUGCUGAGGAGACUUUUGGGAGGGGCCUCACAGCAGCUGAACCUCGUGGCCUUCAACGCCUUGGCCACGGCGGCCGCGGCGGACCGCCGCGCGGCGCUCGGCGGCGCUCGCAGCGAGCUGCUUCGCCCGGUGGAUUGGAGCGCUGCGCUGGGGCACCUCGAGCGCUGGCGUGGGCGCUCGUUGGGGUCGGACGAAGUGAGCGUUCUGGCGAUCUACAAGGCUGGACCGCUCUGGGACCUUGGUCUUCGUCUACUUUUGUAUGACUUCGUCCAAUACUUUCAGUCGAAAACCCUCACGGCGUAUUUGGGCAGCUCUCCUCCAUGGCCACUGGCAGUGCAUCUUCAGACACGACUGUCCUUUGCAGGUCUGCAGGUGGACCUUCCUCUCCAACGGGGUGUUUUGAUAUGCUCCUCCUCCGGUGGACGAUGGCGAAGGGUGCUGCGUGCCACGGCCAUGGACCCUGCGGAUGCCCUCCGUGCAUCAAACGGCUUGAGUGCCUGUGCAGUAGCGCGGCAGUGGAGAUGGAGUCUGCAUGUCUUGCAGCAGCUGGAGAGGCGGACCUCCAGCGAUGCGGUCUGUGUGCAUGGUGCGGCCAAGGGUUGCACUUCGAACUGGGCUCUCUCACUGCAAGUGCUGCAUCGCAGCUGGGAGCGGAGGAUCAGGCGAGAUGUGGUGGGAUAUGGCACCCUGAUCAGUGCCGUGGAGUCGUGGCCGAUGGCGCUGCGAUGCCUGGAAGAGAUGUCCCUGCACGAGGUCUCCGCUUCCCGCGUGGCGCGCAACGCCGCGCUCGCGGCCGCGGCCCCGGCGCCGGGCGCGUCGGUCGCGGAGGCGAACGCGGAGGCGACGGAGGCGACGGAGGCGACGUGGCGCCGGGCAGUGCAGCUCUUCGGAGCGGAGCAGCAACCAGGGGAGAUCACUUUCCGAGCGCUGCUGGGAUCUUUGGAAGAAAGUGGCCAAGAUGCCCGGGCACUGGACCUGCUAUGGGCCGCCGACGCUGCAGGAGUGGUGACCUCCGGCUCCUUCUACCUCUGGGCCUUGGGCCGCUUGGGCGUCGCCGAUCCCAGGUGUCUCCAGGAUGCGUUGCGUUUUGCCGUCCAGCGUUUGCAGACCGUCACCUCCCCGCAGGAACUCGCCACUCUGCUGUGGUCAGCAUCUUCACUGGGCAUCAGCUGUCCACGCUUGACAGCAUGGGUCACUGCAGAGUCGAAGCGGCAGCUUUCUGCCUUCACAUUGACAGACCUGCUCUUCCUCGCCCUGGGCUGUGGCGACCUCCUCAGCACCGCCUUGUACGCGCGCGACGCGUCGUGCCACGCGUUGCAGCUGGGUGACGCACUCGUGCAGGAGCAACUGCGGCGCUUCCAGCGUUGGCAGGACAUCCCCACUGCAGCGCUGCCGACCAGCUCUGGCGCAAUUGCGCAGAUGGCAGAGGAGAUGCUCGGAGUGGUCUGGGCGUUGAACUUCGCUCGCCUGGGAGCCUCCUUGGGCUCUCCUGCACGGGCGGCCAUGCGCAGGUUGUCCCAAAUCUUGGAUGGGCCGAAGGUGAAGCGCCUGGCGCAGCAAACCAUGGUGCCGGCGGAGCCCCUGUCAUCGGAUGCCUUCCAGGAGAGCAUCACGCUGCGCUUGGUCGACGACAAGCCUGUGUUUCAGAUGCUGGAGGAUCGUCUCUUGAUCCUGAAGCCCUGCGGCUGGGAGACCACUGGACAUGCUGACGCCCCACAGCUGCCCGACUUCCUGCAGGCCUCCGGCCUCGAUCGCCCCGUGCUGCGCGAUCGGCCGCACCAGUGCGGCUUUGUGCACCGCUUGGACGUGCCUUCGAGUGGAUUGCUGCUUUGUGGGCUCACUUACGAGGCCUACUAUGACCUGAAGCUGCAGCUGACUUUGGGCCAGUUGCAGCGCGAGUAUUUGGUGCUCUGCCAUGGCCUGGCGCCAGCUCGAGAUGCGAUCCGCGCACGGGUGACAUGGAAGGCGGAUCGUGGCCCGAGCCGCGUGGGCCGCGGAAAGCCCAGCGUGACCUAUGUGCAACGUCUGGCCGCCGGAGUGCUCCAUCGGGCGCAGGCGUGUGCGCUUUUGGGCCUAACCUUGGGCUCGGGGCGGAGGCAUCAGAUCCGUGCGCAGCUGGCGCACGUGGGGCAUCCAGUGCUGUGUGACGGGAAGUACUGCGCUGAAGAGACCUUCCGCUUGGACAGUCCCCUUUGCCCACAGCACUGUCUCCACCGCGCCGGACUCGGCGUUGGCGCGCGCCUUAGCCGCCCAAAGCAGGUCUUCCGUGCGCCCCUGCCGCCGGUCUUCGCACGACUGCUACAGGCCAUCGAGGGCAAGACGCGUGAAGAUCAAGAGGUCCUACAGAGGUCGAGUGAAGACACGUGAAGACCACCGGUCUUUUCCCAACCUCCCCUGAGCUCUGCAGCGGUCUUUCGGUAGAUUAUGAGAACGUGAGUAAUUAUGUUCCGUAUGUUCCUUGG